UAUCCGAGUCCGGGCUGGAAAGAAGAGCCGAAUUUCAACAGGUCUCAUGGGAAUAUCAGAGAGGACGGUUCAUAGUCUCCUUUCCUCUCUCUCUCCCUCCCUCUCUCUCUCUGCUCUCUGUCCGCACGGACUCGCAUCUGGAUUCGGUGCGAAGCGGAAUCCUUUUUUUCUGUCAAAUAUUUAUGUUUUCUUACGUUAAAAACUGUGUCGGGAUGUUUGCUGUUUUUGUGAAAAAGAUGACUUUUCGUUGCUGCUGAAAGAUCCACGGAGGGGUCACAAGUUUUUCUGUGUACUCAGUGGAGGACAGCUGGAGCUGAAAUACUUGGAAAAAUAUUUGGGAAUGUUGCACCUUUAACACAAAGGAAACUGCAGAAUUUAAAAGCUACCAAGAAUAGACAGGACACCUCAGGAGACCCGGAGCUCUCCACGCUGUCCCUGCAGGAACAUUAUGGGACUAUUGAAGUGAUUUCCUCGGGGCGGAGGGGGUUUGCCGGACUGUGAUUUUCCCACAUAGAGCAGAGCUGAUCUGGGGGCAGAGGGGAGCUAAAUGCGGCUGACUGGCGACCCUGCACCGGGAACCAUGAACAGCAGCAGCGGGUCUGGCAACUUUCUGCUGGUCCCCAUACCGGAGUAUCCCCUGCUGGACUGUUUGCCCAACAAGACGGUGAAGAUUGUGGUGCUGGGGGCGAGCAACGUCGGGAAAACCGCUCUGAUUGUCAGGUUUCUGACCAAGAGGUUUAUCGGGGAUUAUGAAGCAAACACUGGAGCCCUCUACUCCAGAAAGGUCACACUGGAUGGGGAGGAAGUGUCCCUUCAGAUCCAGGACACUCCCUGUGUCGCUCUGCAGGAUGAUGCUGAAGGCCUGUACUGCCAGGAGCAGAUCAACAGGUCAAUCUACUGGGCAGAUGGUUACGUGAUGGUUUUCUCCAUCACGGACCACAACAGCUACCGCACCAUCCAGCCGCUGUACCAACACGUCAGACGCAUACACCCCUCUGGAAAUAUACCUGUUAUACUGGUUGGCAACAAGAGCGACCUGCUUAGAGCCAGACAAGUGUCAGCAGACGAAGGCGAGACGCUAGCAACUUCACUAGGAGGAGUUUACUUUGAGGCCUCGGCCAGAGAGAACCACGAGGGAGUCCACUCCACCUUCCUACAUCUGUGUCAGGAGGUGAUCCGGGUGCUGGGAGGAGGGAACGGGGAGAAACGAAGAGGAGGCCUCCACCUGGCCAGACCUAAAUCUCCCAACAUGCAGGAGCUGAAGAGGAGGUUCAGACAGGUCCUCUCCUCCAAAGUCAAGUCAUCCACAACUCUGUAAUGGACUGUGAUCGCAGGAUUGGACCAUACAGGGAAAGAUAAGACCUAACAUGGAAAUGUCCUUCUUUGAUGGAAGGAUGAAGAAAAAUGGAAGUAGCCUUGAUAUCAAAGACUUAAGUUUGGAAACUCAAGCUGUUAAUGGCAUGAAUAAUUUCUGCAGUGAUAAAGUUGUUGGUCGUCAGAUGGAUAAAGCCAAAGACUGAAUAGAGCUUUCUGCAAACUCAGCUCUUAUCUGUGUUUUGGAAGGAGCUCAUGGUCAACAUGACCUCUUCCCAGCAUGCUGCUUUAUGUGAACAUGUCACAGACUGCUAAACAAACGCAGAGUGUUGUGUCAGAAAUGUGGCGUGGUUACCACGGAUAGCGAAUGUGUGCCACUGACACGGUUCACUGUGUGUGAACCAAUUCAUACCUCAGUUUUCUUGAGGCUGGAAAAAAAAAAAAAAAAAAUACCUGACAAGACAAUUGUAUGGAAGAAAAUGUUUUUUAAUGUCCUGUCAUUUUACCCCCUACUUUUUUUUUUUCAUUGAGAUUUGUUUGCAACAACAUGAUGCUCAAAAGCUUUCCAUUUGGUUUAAGGUGAGAAGAAUGCCCCAUUUCAACUUUCCUAAAGAAAUAAAUGAAAUGCAAGUUUC